GUGGAAAAUAUGCGGAGCAAGAUUGCGGAAGCCUUGGAGGCUGAUAGCGUGGAAAUAACGGACACCUAUGGGGAUGGGAGGCAUGUCAGUAUUGAUGUCGUGAGCAACAAGUUUGAAGGGCAAAGCAGCAUGAACAGGUCACGUAUGGUGUACAAAGCCAUCUGGUUGGAGCUUCAAGAGACAGUGCAUGCUGUGGACGCAAUGACCACGAAGACACCAGCAGAAGCU